UCCCCCACCCAGUGUGACCGGCCGAGCCGGCCUUCUCUAGGUCUCUAGUAGCUUCCGCGGUGCUGACGCAUGCUUGCGCACACAACCCAGCCUGGCGCGUCGUACGCAGCAUCCGCGAGCCGGGCCGCGGGUGCCAGGCAGUUCCCCCGCGGGGGCAGGGGCGGGACUCCCGGCAGAGGAGCCCAGAGGAGGGCCGCCUGACGGCUGAGUUGCCAUGGCAUCCUACUACGAGAUUCUAGACGUACCACGGAGUGCGUCUGCUGAUGACAUCAAGAAGGCGUACCGAAAGAAGGCUCUGCAGUGGCACCCAGACAAGAACCCAGAUAAUAAGGAGUUUGCUGAGAGAAAAUUUAAGGAGGUGGCAGAGGCCUAUGAAGUACUAUCUGACAAGCACAAACGAGAGAUCUAUGACCGCUAUGGCCGGGAAGGGCUGACGGGGGCAGGAACUGCUCCCUCUCAACCAGAGACUGGUGGUAUGGGACCUGGCUUCACAUUCACCUUCCGCAGCCCUGAGGAAGUCUUCCGGGAGUUCUUCGGGAGUGGGGACCCUUUUUCAGAGCUCUUUGAUGACUUGGGCCCCUUCUCGGAGCUUCAGAACCGGGGUUCCCGACACUCUGGCCCUUUCUUCACCUUCUCUUCCUCUUUUCCUGGCCAGUCUGAUUUCUCCUCGUCGUCUUUCUCCUUCAGCCCCGGGGCUGGUGCCUUUCGUUCUGUCUCUACGUCUACUACCUUUGUCCAAGGACACCGCAUCACCACGCGCAGGAUCAUGGAGAAUGGGCAGGAGCGGGUAGAAGUGGAAGAGGACGGGCAGCUGAAGUCAGUCUCAAUCAAUGGUGUCCCAGAUGACCUGGCACUAGGCUUGGAGCUGAGCCGUCGUGAGCAGCAACCUUCAGUCACCUCCAGGUUGGGGAGCACACAGGUCCAGCCGACCCCUGUCUCCCGUGCCCCUGACAGCGACCUUUCUGAGGAUGAGGACCUGCAGCUUGCCAUGGCCUACAGCCUGUCAGAGAUGGAAGCAGCUGGGCAGAAGCCAGCAGGUGGGCGGGGGGCACAGCAGCGAUGGCAGGGGCGGUCCAAGGCCCAGCACCAAGACCUUGAUAUGGGAGGCACUCGUCAGGGGGUGAGGGGCGAGCCGACCAAGUCCAGCCCAUCUUCAGAGGAGAAGGCUUCUCGCUGCCUCAUUCUCUGAAAGCCAGGCCGAGCUUGACCCGAUUAAGGUCCUGACUCAGAGUCCAGCUCACUGUGGGAAGUACAGAAUGGACUGUGGCCUGAGUUGCAGGAUCCCAAAUUCUGUCCCUCCACAAGUUUCCCUUCCAGGCCCAUCAUCCUAUAGCAUGAGCUGGGGAUUUAUUGUGCUCUGUCCAGGGCUGAUAAGUCCCUAGGUAAAGCCCAGGAGUAGGGGCGUCGGGGCCACGGAAGGGCCUGUGGAGCCCAGAGGCACCAGUUGGAUCAGGCAUUGCUGAGGGACAUUAGUGGGACUUUUGUGCCUGUCUUCUUCUGCCGUCUAUGUUGCUGAUGUUGUCAAGGAAGGAGGACUUGACCUGCCAUGCUCUGAGCUCAAGUUGGCAGCUCCCCUGGGGAGCAUCGCAGGCUGAGUGGAGCCUCUGAUGUCCUUGCCCAGCUGCGGGCCUCCUGGUUUCUGUGGAGAAAUGAGUUCUCACCUGUUGUCAUCGUCUCUGUCUCCCCUCUGGUGCUGCUCUCCUCCUGCUCUGCUCUCUGCAACUCUCUGUGACUGCAUCACUUGCCUUUGCUGCUGCUUGGCUAGGACUCCCUCCUCCUUCUCUUUGAAGCCUCAGUGUGCCCAGGAAGAUGCUGGGGCCAGUGGGGCCAUGAGAUCUUCUGGGGAGGCUAGCUAGGUGGGGCUGAAGCCUCUCGGCCCUCCCGAGUCUCAACCAGAACCAACUCCUCUUCCCUCCUCCUUGCUGCCUCAGCCUGCCCUGACCAUAGGACGAGGCAGAGGUGAGGCUGGCUAUCCUUGGAGAGGUGGGCCAGGGCCAGGGGGACCCAGUGGGAGGCUGGGGGGCACUGUAUCUGUACUGCUUGUCCCUCAGGCAUCAGAGCUCAGGGGCUGGCACAGGGCUUGGCCUCGGCUGUGCAUGCUUGCUCCACCCUCCAUCUGCUUGCAGCUGACCCUUUCUCCUGUCACCCACCCCUGCUCUCUCCCCAGAUGUGUUCUGAGCUGGAUAUCCUGGAUCCAGAGUUGCUGCAGUUCCAACGGGACAGCGCCCUCCCCAAUGUGCUAGGAGGGAAUACUACAUCCCUCUCCCUCACUUAAGCUGAGUGUAGGGCUGGGGCCUGGGUGGUGGGUGGGGACUGAGUGGGAGGCACCCAUAGUCUUAGCCUCUGAACUCUCUCUCCUGGAUGCUUAGCGCUCUCGCAGAUUACAAAUCCCAGAGUGCAAUGCACCCUGGCCUCAUUUCUGAUAGCUCUUAUCCCAGGGGAAGUGGUGCUCGGUUAUAAAGCUGGGCUUCUGGGAUAUGUAGUUCCAAACCUGACCAGUGUGUCACUCUCUGAAUGGGGAUAUCUUGCCUUUCAUUUGUCCGUGGCAGGGGUGGUGAGAAUUGUGGAUGAAGGAGAAAAGACCAGAACCUUAGUUCCUCUAAUACUUCUUGCUAGACCCAGGUUGGAGUGAGCACAUCCAAGUCCUGUAGUAUCUGAGAGGUCAUUUCCCUUGGGCAGCCUGGGGUCCCAAGUCUUAAGCUAGUGGGCAGUGGAUGGAGUGGGUAUGGCAUUGUCCUGGAAGACUGAUGGCUGUGGGCUGGCAGAACGUUGGAGAGAAGGCUGCCUUGGCUGGAGUGUGUAUGGCGAAGAUUGGCAUGCAGAGGGAGUGUUGGACAUAUUGCUUGAAUGGCUUUCUUUGGCCUCUGACCUUGCUGCCCAUUCUCUCUAUCAUCAUUCAUCCUCCAUGAGCCACCUGUCCGCUGGGGAGUCCAAGGCCAGUGGGGGGUGGUUGGUGGGGCAGGCUGUGGACAGCUUCUGUAACGUUGAGUCUCUGAGACCCACCAAAGCCAGAUGAACUGAGCUCAGACUCAGGGAAAAUGGAAGCCAAUAAAGUUGAGUUUUGAGAA